UCAAACGAUAUCCAAAGAAUAGCUGUAAUGGAGAACGUGCGGUUUUCAAUUAUUGAAAAUGAUUUGAAGCGCAAUUCUGAAAGUGGCAUUGACAAUGAGGUUUUCUACGAACGAAGUAUUUCCAGUGAAAGUAAUAGCGACACCAUUUUCAGCGAUGAAGUUCACGAGAUAUUAAUGUGGCAACAACAGCACCAAGUACUGUGGGACAGCAAAGAAAUCGAAGAAACCUUAGGCCAAUUGAAUAACGCAGCUGCAGUUGCACAAAUGGUGAAGACCGGCACAUUCACAAAUUUAAUACCCGCGUCCAAUGAUGCCCAAUUGGCCUUGCUCUACUGCUCGAUCUACGGAUGCGUCGAGAAUGUUAUAUAUCUCCUGGACCAUUGUGGCAGCGAUCCAAAUUGUUGUGACCCCUGCGGUAGGACCCCACUGCAUUUUGCCACAGCACGAGGGAAUUCGCACAUUGCCAAAGUCCUUUUGGACCGUGGUGCCGAUCCAAAUCGUUGGGAUGCUAAAAAAGAAGUCACUCCGCUGCAUUGUGCAACCAGCGCCAAGAGCGUUGAAUGCAUCCUGCUGUUAUUGAAGCGUAAGGCGCACAUAAAUAUAGGCCUCGAAAAACGUUCGGCAUUACAUUUUGCAAUCGAUCGGAAUGCCAUUGAGUGUGUGGAGACUCUUCUAAAGUAUGGUGCGGACCCGAAUACGCCACAAGUUUACACGGAAACGCCCCUGCACACCGCCUGUGCCUUGGGCUUUACAAAAUGUGUAGAAUUGUUGUUAAAUUAUGGCGCCGAUGUACGUUCUCAGUUUGGAGAGGGUAAACUAACAGCUCUACAUUUGGCUGCCGAAAAUGAUUACGUCGAUUGUGUCCGAUUGCUUUUAGAGCACAAUGCUGAGGUCGAUUGUCGCAAUGCUAGCCAUCAAACACCCUUGCACUUAGCCUGCCUUUCACAGUCAAUCGAAACUGUUGAACUGCUAAUAAAACAUGGCGCGAAUGUGAAUGCAGUCUAUCGCGACGGGAGAACGGCAUUACAUGCAGCCAUUGUCAAACAAUCACGUUGUCUUGACUGCUGUACCGCCUUGCUGAAGGCAGGGGCCAAUGUUAACAAGGCUGAUAAUUACGGCUAUACGCCGCUACACAUCGCCGCUCUGAAUGAAUUUAGUAACUGUGUUUAUGCAUUUAUAGAACACGGUGCCGACAUUACGGCCCGAACAGAUGGCAAUGUGUCUGCUUUAUCGUUCAUAGUUCGACGAACUCCCGAAAUUAUACCCAAACUAAUGUCGAAAUUCGAUGAAUCCAUCAAAGUGAAUGAUCAUGAAAUUGGAGACGUUGAUUGUGAGAUAAAAUUAGAUUUUCGUUGGUUGGUUCCGCCUGGGACCCUAGAACGUGGCGAGACCGAGUUACUACUAUCUCUUAUUGAAUGUGGCCAGAAACGUUUAUUGAUGCACCCCUUAUGUGAGACAUUUCUAUUCUUGAAAUGGCGACGAAUUCGUAAAUUCUUCCUCAUGGCUCUGCUAUACCAUGCCAUUUAUGUCAUACUCUUCACGAUGUAUAUAGUCGGGGUUUACGUUCACCAUUGUGAAAAGGAUAUGCAGUGCCGAGCUCCCGGCUAUAUUCCAACAGUUGGUUACUUUGUUAUAAUUCUAAACCUUCUUCUUCUGGGAAAGGAAUUGUUUCAGAUGGCCCAUGGUUUACAAGGCUAUGCAAAAUAUUGGGAAAAUUGGUUACAGUGGUCCAUUAUUUUCGGUGUGUUGUUGUGUGUGACACCAGAAAUUUUGAUAGUAGGAGAAUUGGAAAAGGUUCCUGUGUGGCAGCAUCAUGUGGCGGCGGUGGUGGUUCUCUUAGUUUGGGUGGAGCUUAUGAUGCUAGUCGGUCGAUUUCCAAUCUUUGGAGUUUAUGUUCAAAUGUUUACCAAAGUGGCUGUGAAUUUUGGAAAAUUCCUAUUGGCCUAUAUUUGCCUUUUAAUAGCCUUUGGUUUAAGCUUUUCUGUGCUUUUCAAUGACUACAAGGCGUUUACUAAUAUAACAUGGUCCCUCCUGAAAUCCAUAACGAUGAUGUCCGGUGAAUUGGAAUUCGAAGACAUUUUCUAUGGUGAUGUAGAAGUACAGUAUCCAGUGACGGCUCAUUUCAUAUUCCUUAGUUUCGUGCUAUUGGUAACUGUCAUUCUUACAAAUCUUAUGGUGGGUUUGGCUGUCAGCGAUAUUCAAGGACUUCAAGUAUCCGCCUCUUUGGAUCGACUAGUACGCCAGGCUGAAUUGGUGUCCCGUUUGGAAAGUUUGUUCUUCUCCAGACUAUUAAGAGGAGCACCCACACGUCUAUUAAAACUAUGCAAGAGGAGUGCGCUCCUUAGAACUUCUCGCAAUAAGCUUCUUUUUGUUAUAAGACCCAAUGACCCACGCGAUAAUCAACUUCCGGAAGAUAUCAAAUUGAAUAUCUAUAAAUUAGUUGCCGAACGGCGUGACCGUAACAUGAGUAUACGAAGGCGAAAGUUUGAGUCAAAUUAUUCAAUGUUCCAAAGGUCAUUACAACGCCAAAAUUCAGUGCAGCGUAAAGAGAGGACCCCCGUACGCAAUAAUGCCAUGGAUUACAGCAAAACUGGCACACGGCCGGAGCACGAACAAUUGUUAAGACCUCGAUCAGCCACAAAUGUUCCCAAUACCUUGAUGGGCGAAUCUGAUUUGGCAACAAAACUCAAAAAUCACGUUAAUGGUAUAUCAGAUGUUCGUUCGGAAAUUCAAAUGUUGAAAACACAAGUUGGAGAAUUAUCGGAAAAGUUGGAUAAGUUCACCGACACCUGUGGCAAGAAAUUGGAUUUUGCCGUCGAAGAGUUGUGUCGCAUCAAAAUGGUAAUGGAUCAAAAAUCGGCAAUGAGAUCGGAGAGAACUUUUAAAGUUUGA